AUGGACUCCGGAGAGCUUAGUGGCGAAGCGCAGGAGAGCUGCGGCUCGAAGGGCAGCGGCGGGAGGGGAUGCCCCACGCCGGUGACUGGGGCCCGAGUGGUGAGCGCACUGUGCCUGUUGCUUUCCCUGGGCUCAGCGACCGCCUGCCUACUGCUGGGUACCCAGGCUGCUGCCCUGCAGGGCAGGGUGGCAGUACUCGAGGAGGAGCGGGAGCUGCUGCGGCACGUAGGUCCACCCGGAGUCCUGGCUGCCUGGGCCGAGCCGCACCUGGAGCGCCUGCUGCGCGAGAAAUUGGAUGGACUAGCCAAGCUGCGGACAGUUCGAGAAGCUCCAGCUGAGUGCAUCUGCCCCCCAGGUCCCCCUGGACGGCGUGGCAAGCCUGGACGAAGAGGUGAUCCUGGUCCUCCAGGGCAAUCAGGACGAGACGGCUACCCGGGGCCGCUGGGUCUGGAUGGAAAGCCUGGACUUCCAGGCCCCAAAGGGGAAAAGGGGGCACCAGGUGACUUCGGCCCCCGGGGAGACCAAGGGCAAGAUGGAUCUGCUGGGCUCCCAGGACCUCCUGGGCCCCCUGGAGCCCGAGGCCCUCCUGGAGACACUGGGAAAGAUGGCCCCAGGGGAUCACAAGGCCCAGCGGGUCCCAAAGGAGAGUCUGGACAAGAAGGGGAGAUGGGCCCAAAAGGAACCCCCGGACCCAAGGGUGAGCCCGGCAUUCCUGGAAAGAAGGGCAAUGAUGGAACACCAAGCCUGCCAGGGCCCCCUGGACCUCCAGGGCCCAAGGGUGAGCCAGGGAGCAUGGGACCCCAAGGAGAGAGCGGCGUGGACGGUGCCCCGGGCCCAAAGGGGGACCCUGGCCUCCGAGGCACGGAUGGAGCCGCAGGACACCGGGGCCCACCAGGCCUCAAGGGUGAACAAGGAGACACGGUGGUGAUUGACUACGAUGGAAGAAUCUUGGAUGCCCUUAAGGGUCCUCCCGGGCCACAGGGGCCGCCAGGGCCGCCAGGAAUCCCUGGAGUCAAGGGAGAGCUUGGACUGCCCGGUGCCCCUGGAAUCGACGGAGAGAAGGGUCCCAAAGGACCAAAAGGAGAUUCUGGAGACCCUGGGCCUACCGGACCCAAAGGCGAAGCAGGCGAGAUGGGCCUGUCGGGCCUCCCGGGCAUCGAUGGCCCCAAGGGAGAGAAGGGAGAGCCAGCAUCUAACACCCUACAGGAGAGCCUGGCCCAGAUCAUAGCAGAACCAGGACCCCCUGGACCCCCUGGGCCCCCGGGCCCCAUGGGCCUUCAGGGAAUCCAGGGCCCCAAGGGCUUAGAUGGAACAAAGGGUGAGAAAGGUGCAUUGGGUGAGAGAGGCCCUGCUGGCAUGCCUGGUCCAGUCGGCCCACCCGGCCUCAUUGGGCUGCCAGGAACCAAAGGAGAGAAGGGCAGACCCGGGGAACCAGGACUGGAUGGUUUCCCUGGACCCCGAGGAGAGAAAGGUGACCGGAGUGAACGUGGAGAGAAGGGGGAACGAGGAGUCCCUGGUCGGAAAGGAGUGAAAGGUCAGAAGGGGGAGCCAGGACCACCAGGCUUGGACCAGCCAUGCCCUGUGGGCCCUGAUGGGCUGCCCGUUCCCGGCUGCUGGCAUAAGAGUGUGCCCAGCUCAGCCCCAGAUGGAGGAGCCUGUACCACUGGCAGGAGCAUGGACAGGACACUGCAGGGGAGCAUCCACCGGACAUGGCUUCUGUGGAAAGAGACGACAGUGAUGGUGCCUGGCUCUGGUGAGGAUGGGAACACGCCGGCUGGACCUUCGGUCACGAUUAGCCAAGACUCACAGCUGCCUACCGCACCACAGAACCUACUCCCUGAUGUUCCGGAGUCCCAUCCAGGGAUUGAAGGCAACUGCUCUGGCCUCUCCCUCCUGCAGUCUUAG